CGGAGAUCGUCAAAGCUUCCAUUGAAGUUGACUCACCCGCCAAAGUCUCCCUCCCAGCCAAGAAACCUGACAGUUGCCGUAACGCUUCUGACAACACCCACAUCAGAUUUGGCAGACGCCGCUCUCCUGUCCAAUUGGAUCUACCAUCGAUCGACCCGGCUGCUAUUUAAAACCUGUUUGCGACAAUCGCGCGUCACCAUGGCGCCCGCGCAAGCGAACUUCGCGCCGAGCUUGGACAAAUUCCGCAAGUCGCUCAAGGCGCAGCCGCUCGAAGCCUCCAUCGAGAGCCUGAUCGCGCUGCUCAAGCGCCGUCAGAUCAAGACCCCGCAGCAAUGCGCCGUCGCGACUGCCCACAUCCUCCUCCAGGUGGUCGCUAGGGGCGACUGGAAGGAUGUGGACCAGCUUCUUGACAGGGUGCAGCAGGUCGGCCGCAGGGUCGGGAGCGCGCGGCCCAAGGAGCUCGUCAUUGGCAACAUCACGAAGCGCGUGCUGGGCCUGAUCCGCGACGAGGCCAUGGAGGACCGCAACGCCGACGACGCCCAGAGCGAUGCGAAACCCCCAGCCCCGGCCGCUACCCAGGAGCCCGAAGCCCCCGCCCGAUUGCCGCGUGUGGCUACCUUGGCCUCGUUGCCGUCGCACAUCACUGCUCAGUCCAUCUUCAGCCUUCUCUCAGACCCGACCGGAGCACACUCCAGCGCGGGCGGGUCGCCGUUCUUCAGAAUGUCGGGAGCCUCCACCCCCAUGGGCGCCGGCCCCCAGGGCGCAGGCACCCCGACAGCGAACAGCACGGCCAACAUCGCAUCACUGCGCACCGAGGUCCUGGACGGUAUCGACGAGAUCAUGGACGAGAUCUCACAGGCGGACGAGCAGAUGGCGGCGUUUGGUGACGUCUACAUCAACCCGGGCGACUACGUCAUGGUGCACAGGCCGACGCCGACGGUGGAAAGAUUUCUGGCGAGAGCGGCGAGUAAGCGUAAGUUUACUGUUCUCGUUGCGCGCGUCGACGAGGAUGAUGAGGACGUUGCCGCCGCCUCGGCUCUUGCCGCAACAGCAGCCCCGCCUUCAGACCCCUCGGCAGCAGCAGCAGCCGCGGUGCCGUACGCCGCGCUUCGGAAGAAACUCGCUGCGUAUGGCGUCCCCGUCGUCAACUUGGCUGGGAUGGGGGUCAUGUCAUACUUCCCCUUGGCAACCAAGGUCGUGCUCGAUGCGAGAGCCAUCACGGCGAGUGGAGGCCUGGUGGCUGAUGCCGGAGCGGGUCUUCUCGCGCGCGCAGCCAAGGAGUUCAACCGACCGGUCCUAGCGCUCGCCGCCGUAUACAGGUUGUCGCCGGCAGACCUGGACGAGCCGGAGCCGGUUCUAGAGUGGGGUGAUCCCUCGCCACAUGCCGACUUCGCCGACGGAGACCUGCUUGAUGGCAUUGACAUCAGGACUCCCGCCAUCGAGUACCUCGGCUCAGAAAUGGUGGACAUUUACAUCACGAACCUGGGAGCGCAUUCCCGGCAUUACCUCCAGAGUGUGAUCCGGGAUCAUUACAAACAGGACGAUAUCGAUGUAUUCAUCCAGUAAAGAAAAUGAAGGAAAAAUAAAUAAGGAAACCAAUGCGCCAUCGUAUUCUGGUAGUGUCGUCUCGGCGCGUCUAGGUCCCAAGCAGCCUUGCUGCAUACCUGGCCUCGAAUAUUGCGAUGAUCUAUGAAUGCCCUGGGCGCAUCUCUUGUUGCGUAGCCAGAGAAACUUUGA